AUGCAGUUCUCCGUCCUCCUCGUCUCCGUCAUGGCCUCGUGCACUCUGGCUGCACCUGUCGCCUACCUGCAGAUGGGCCGGGAACCCACCGGCAAGCUGGCUGUCAAGAGCAUCAUCCGCCCUGACGACGUGCUGGGACGAGACGCAUUGUCCAAGAUGAGGCGAGGGCAUUUCAACGAGGUGCAGGACGUCUGA